AGAGGUGGCAGCCGAUACCUGGAACGUUUAGGCUGCAGAGGGGCGGCAUGAGAGGCAGACCUCGGUGGUUUUAAUUAGACAGGGAGGCUUAUAGAAAGAACCAAAAACUACCACCCCCCCACACACACACUUUGCUUUUACACACAGACGCGCGCGCGUCUUUAAACCAGCAGGAGAUGCAUUACGUCAUAACCUCCCAUCGCCCUGGAUGACCGCGCUCGCAGGAGGAGAUGAUGCGGGGCUGCUGGAGUAGAAGGAAACCAGAUUGCGCCGCUGCCGCACGCGAACGUCCGGGGGCGGUGUCCCGCGCGGGGCACAGAGAAGAAGGGGAGCCGCCCUCGCGCGGCCGUCGGCUCUGAUGGCUCCUCGCGCCCCGAACGGGAAAGAGACACAGCAGUCGCCGCGGCGCGAGAGGGAAGAGGACAGGAGGUACCUGGGAAGUGACGUGGUGUCCGCGCCCAGCCAGCAGUCACCACGGUGCGGUUGUCGUGCGUUUCACAGGAGGGCAGGAGCGGCAAGGGGAACAUGGCCGCGCAGUCAGACGGCGGUAAAGCCGGGGUCGGCUGCGGCGGCGGCGGCGGGUUCGCCCAGCUGUACGAUAUCGACGCUGAGGAGCCGCUGGACUCCGCCGCCAUCCACAUCUGCCAGUGCUGCCGCUCCUCCGCCUGCUACUGGGGCUGCCGCUCCGCCUGCCUGGGCUCUCUGCUCGGCGGGGGCCAACCCAUCGGAGGGGUCGGUAUCCGGGAGACCCACUGCCCCCCACGGGAGCAGCUGUGGCUGGACUGCCUCUGGAUCAUCCUCGCCCUGCUCGUCUUCUUCUGGGACGUUGGAACGGACCUUUUCCUGGCGGCGGACUACUACCAGAGCCAGAAGUACCUCUGGUUCGGCCUCACGCUGUUUUUUGUGCUGGUACCGUCCGUGCUGGUCCAGAUUCUGAGCUUCCGCUGGUUCGUGCAGGACUACACCGGCGGGGGGCUCGGGGAGGUGGAGGGGCUUACAAAAAGAGGGACGGUGGUCCAGGGAUGCCUGUAUCCCGGGAAGGACCGCCUGCAGCUGGCCACCAUCUGGCUGUGGCAGGUCAUCAUCCACAUCCUCCAGCUGGGACAGGUGUGGAGGUACAUUCGAACGCUGUAUCUGGGGGUCAUGUCGCGGCGGCAGAAGGAGCACCAGCGGCGAUGGUACUGGGCCAUGAUGUUCGAGUACGCCGAUGUCAACAUGCUGCGCCUGCUGGAGACGUUCCUGGCGUCGGCGCCCCAGCUGGUGCUGCAGCUCUGCAUCAUGUUCCAAGAGAACCGAGCCGGGACCCUGCAGUGCUUCUCCUCCCUGGCCUCCCUCCUCUCUCUGGCCUGGGUUCUAGCCUCCUACCACAAGCUGCUGCGCGACUCCAGGGACGACCAGCGGAGCAUGAGCUACCGCGGCGCACUGCUCCACCUCUGUUGGCGCCUCUUCACCAUCUCGUCCCGUGUCCUCUCGCUUGCCCUCUUCGCCUCCCUUUUCCACAUCUACUUCGGCAUCUUCGUGGUGCUGCACUGGUGCGCCAUGGCCUUUUGGGUGGUCCACGGGGGCACCGACUUCUGCAUGUCCAAGUGGGAGGAGGUGCUCUUCAACAUGGUGGUUGGCAUCGUCUACAUCUUCUGUUGGUUUAACGUGAAGGAGGGACGGACGCGUUACAGGAUGAUAGCGUACUACACCGUGGUGUUGGCAGAGAAUACAAUCCUUACAGGCCUUUGGUAUGCCUACAGGGACCCGCUGCUCACCGACUCAUACGCCGUCCCCGCCCUCUUCAGCGUCUACCUGACAUUCGCCGGCGGCGUCCUCGUCAUGUUCCUCUACUACGGCUUCCUGCAUCCAGCCACCGCCCACCUCCAGCCGAGCCCGGCCUCUUCCUGCUGCGCCCAGCUGCUCUGGGGUCUCCCGCUUCCCCCGUCAGCCCCGCCCACUGCCCCGCCCACCCCGGCCCACAUGACCAAGUCCCAGACGGAAGAAGACGUGGCCGAGACGUGCCUUCCUGUCUUCCAGGUGAGGUCCGCCCCUCCGACCUCCAAACCCGAAGGCCCGCUGAUAAAAAUCGACAUGCCCAGGAAGCGUUACCCGGCUUGGGAUGCGCACUACGUAGACCGGCGCCUGCGGAGGACUAUAAACAUCCUGCAGUACAUAACGCCGGCUGCUGUGGGCAUCCGCUAUCGAGACGGACCCUUACUGUAUGAACUGUUGCAGUACGAGUCGUCACUCUGACACACAAACACACACAGAGUCACACCUGAGCACAUACAGCACUAUAAAAUAUAGACGUGGAUGUUCAAACUUUCCAACUUAGGGGAGACAAAGGAAAAAAAAAAAGUCACUUGAUAUAAGCACAUGCCCACUAAAGCAAUCUCACUUUUAAGCACACACACACCUCUCGUACGUCUUGUGGCUAUGACUCAGCAAGCUGCUUCAGUCCGUUUUCCUCUUUCUCUCUAGUCGCUCCUCACUGGGUCUCAUUGUUAUGAAUUUCCCUCGCACCCUCUGCCAAGGAGGGAAAAAAAAAAUUUGAAAAAGAGAAAUGUCUACACCUCUGCAGAAGCACCCGACCGCGUCAUCUAUGAUGCGAUCGUUACACGUAAAACAAUGAGACGCAAAGGUAAGAAAAUAGUCUCUUAAAAAACAAAGGGGAUUGUGAACAUGUGGUUAGUCUAGUCAAAGGUUUGUGUAAAUAUUUUUUUAUGUACAGAGCAGAUAUUUUUAAUGUAAUGUCAAUUUCUGGCUGAACAAAAAGCUCAAAGACAGCUGUGGAAGUUUGUUCUGAACACUGAAAAAAAUAAUUCAACUGCUUUUGGCAUUUACUUAAUCAUAUUUAGUUACUUUAACAUGAUUAAAUAAAUGCCAAAAGGGGUUGCCUUAUUUUUUUUCAGUGUACCAGAGACUAAAACAGCCCUGAACGGGGAACGACAAAAACAGAAGACAGUAUUUAUAUCACUGACUUACAGGAAAAAGCCUCAUCCUAAGUUUUAGUCAUUUAUCUUGAGAGCAUCUAUCCAAUUUUCUGGAUAUUCAGGAAUCUGAACAGUGAAGUAGCUGUAUGUCCUGUCUGCAAGUGGAAACGGUAAUGGAGCUGAUCCAUUAUCUACUUUUCAUACUGAGACCAAAUAGUACAUUAACUACCAGAAGACAAAUAUCUUGGAAUAAACAGUAAUUGAUACUUUCAAUACCAAUAUAGACAUUUUAUUAGAUUAAUUCAAAGUUAGUAAAAUAACUUUUAUUAAAUCUUUGAUUAAAGAAAUUGCAUUAUGUCCAUACUUAAAAGAACAGCUGAAAAAAACGCUCCUUUUAGGACAAAACUAUGUAAUAAAAACAAAAGUAAACAAU